AGGACCCCUCAAAUGGGCUGGGGAAGCCGCGGCAGGGCGUCUGAGCACGGAGAGCAGAUAAGAUAAGGGCAAGAACGCCAAGAGUGCGGCCGCCUUCCGAUCGAGGGUCCCGGGCCAGGGCUUUCUUCGAAAAGUUCAGGUCUUUAACAUUUUCUGAGCUUUGCCGCCGUCAGCAGUCUUGUUACGCCGUACAAGAUGUCGGAAAACCAAACCAACCGGCCGCAUCGCGCGACCAAGGAGAAGAAGGCAGCACAUACCGGCGACCGUAAUCCGAAAGCCUUUGCCUUUUCGCGUCCUGGAAAAUUGCAGAAGCAGGCCGCUCGUUCUCACGAUGUCAAAGAGAAGCGAUUGCACGUUCCCUUGGUCGAUCGUUUGCCCGAAGAGGCCCCUCCCAUUGUCGUCGGUGUCGUUGGUCCGCCAGGAGUAGGCAAGACAACUCUCAUCAAGUCACUCGUCCGAAGAUACACCAAGCAACCCAUCACUCAGCCCGUCGGUCCCAUUACUGUUGUCACAUCCAAGAGGAGGCGACUCACGUUUAUGGAAUGCCCGGCUGAUUCCCUGGCCGCUAUGAUGGACGUGGCCAAGGUCGUCGACAUUGUCCUGCUCAUGAUCGAUGGAAACUAUGGAUUCGAGAUGGAGACAAUGGAGUUCUUGAACGUCCUCUCUUCCAGUGGUAUGCCUGGUAACGUUUUUGGCAUUCUGACCCAUCUGGAUCUUUUCCGCAAGCAGGAAGCCCUCAAGGCACAGAAGAAGCGCCUGAAGCACCGUUUCUGGAGCGAACUGUACUCGGGAGCCAAACUCUUCUACCUUUCCGGUGUCGUCAACGGUAGAUACCCCGACCGCGAAGUCCUCAAUCUCUCACGUUUCUUGUCCGUCAUGAAGAACCCCCGUCCUCUUGUUUGGCGUAACAGCCAUCCCUACGCUCUAGCCGACCGCUUCCUCGACAUCACUCCUCCUACAAAGAUUGAAGAAGACCCUAAAUGCGACCGUACCGUCGCUCUAUAUGGCUACCUCCGUGGCACCAACUUUCCCGCCAACGGUGCCAGAGUUCACGUGCCUGGUGUUGGUGAUCUCAGUGUCUCCAAUAUUGAGGCUCUGCCCGAUCCAUGUCCCACCCCAUUCCUCGACCAAGCAAUCGCCAAGGCUACGGGCAAGUCCGGAAGAAGAAGGCUAGGAGAAAAGCAAAAGCUCAUCUACGCUCCCAUGUCCGAUGUUGGUGGUGUACUUGUCGACAAGGACGCUGUAUAUGUCGACAUCAAAAGCCAGACAUUUGACCCUGAAGAUGACGAGCAAGAGCGAGGACUAGGAGAACAAAUGGUCGUUGGUUUGCAAGGAGGUCGCAGACUGCUUGGACAGGCCGAGGGCGGUUUACAACUUUUCGGCGAUGGCGAGAGGUUGACUGGCGAAGACCUUGGUCGCAAAUCUGCCCGUGUCUUAUCAAGAAGAAUCGAUGACGAUGAGGCAAGCCCAGAAGACGAGGGCUUCGAGAGCGGCGAGGACGAAGACGAAGAGUUCCAGAGUGGAGACUCCGAUGCUGACGAGGACGCCGAAGAAGACAUGCUUGUUCCCGCGCCCAAGCGUAGAGAGGCCAGCCCUGACGCGACCGGCGAGGAGAUUGCUUUUGCCGACAGUGAUUCUGAUCUUGGUUCCAUGUCCGAAGCCGAAGAUGUCAGCGACCCAGAAGACUACGAUGAGGACGCCGAAUACAGUGAAGAUGAAGAUGGAAAUCUCCGCUGGAAGAAAAACAUGACCGAACGUGCCGCUGCUUUGCACCAACGCAAGAUGCCCUACCGCACCGUCGAGCUCGCCCGUCUCUUGUAUAACGAUAUGCUGUCCACAGCCCAGGUUUUGCGACAAUGGCGUGGCGAAGAAGACGAGGAGGACGAUAUUGAAAAUGAGGAUGAGGAGGAUUUGUUCGAGAGAAAGAAGCCUACAGAGUCCGAAGCUGCCCUCGACCGCCACAUCCCAGUAUACAACAGGGCGGAGCUCGAAGAGAAAUGGACAGACGAAGAAAACCUGGAAGCCAUCCGGUCCCGAUUUGCAUCCGGUCAUAUGCUCAAUGGAGGAGAAGACGAUGAUGACUCUGAAGCCGAGUUCAAUGGCAUCGAAGACGACGACGAUGAGGGCGACGGUGCUUUCCAGGAUCUAGAGACUGGCGAAGUCCAUGGCGAUGAUAACGAGGCUCCAACGAAUGGCGCCGAUGGCGAGGAGGAGCCGGAUCUGGACGCCGAGCGUGAGCGCAACGCCAGAAGGAAGGAAGAGCUCAAGCUUCGUUUCGAAGAGGAAGACAAAGAGGGCUUCGCAAACGACAAGGGCAACGCAAAACGCGAGACUGCCGGUGAUGAUGAGUUCGGCGAAGAUGACUGGUACGACGCACAAAAGGCGCUUAUUCAGAAACAGCUCGAUAUCAACCGCGCCGAAUUCGACGCAUUAGAUGAGCAAUCUCGAGUCCGGGUUGAGGGUCACAAAGCAGGCACAUACGCUCGCAUCGUUCUGGAGAACGUACCUUGCGAAUUCGUGGAAAAGUUCAACCCUCGCUUCCCUGUUCUCAUCGGUGGUCUGGCUCCUACGGAAGACCGUUUCGGUUACGUUCAGAUCCGUAUCAAGCGUCACAGAUGGCACAAGAAGAUUCUCAAGACGAAUGAUCCUCUGAUCUUCUCUCUUGGCUGGAGACGCUUCCAGAGCAUGCCAAUGUACAGUAUUUCGGACUCAAGAACAAGGAACCGCAUGCUCAAAUACACACCGGAGCACAUGCAUUGUUUCGGAACCUUCUACGGACCGCUAAUUGCACCCAACACUGGUUUCUGUUGCGUUCAGUCCUUCUCCAACAAGAACCCUGGAUUCAGAAUUGCCGCAACCGGUGUGGUCUUGAAUGUCGACGAGUCGACCGAGAUUGUCAAGAAGCUGAAGUUGACUGGUCAUCCAUACAAGAUCUUCAAGAACACCGCCUUCAUCAAGGACAUGUUCAGCACUUCUCUCGAAAUUGCCAAAUUUGAAGGCGCUAGCGUACGCACUGUCUCCGGUAUCCGUGGUCAAAUCAAGAAGGCGCUCAGCAAGCCCGAGGGCAACUUCCGUGCCACUUUCGAAGACAAAAUCCUCAUGUCAGACAUUGUGUUCUUGAGAGCAUGGUACCCUGUCAAGCCUCACCGUUAUUACAACCCGGUGACCAACUUGCUGGAUGCCGACGUGAACAGCGAAGGUUGGCAAGGAAUGCGCCUUACCGGUCAAGUCCGCCACGCCCUCGACAUCGCCACACCCAAGGACAAAAACUCAGCCUACCGCACCAUCGAGCGUCAAGAACGUCACUUCAACCCUCUACGUGUACCUCGCAAGGUCGCUGCUGAGCUCCCAUUCAAGUCCCAGAUCGUCCAAAUGAAGCCGCAGAAGAAGGAGACAUACAUGCAGAAGCGUGCUGUGGUCGCCGGCAAGGAUGAGAAGGAGGCCAGAAGACUCUUGCAACAAGUUCAGACGUUGAGAAACGAGAAGGUCGCGAAGCGCCGUGCUAAGCAGGAAGAGCGCAAGCAGCCUUACCGUGCCAAGGUUGCCGAGAACAUUGAGAAGAGAGCGGAGAGAGAGAAGAAGGAGAAGGAAGAAUACUGGCGCAGAGAAGGCAAAAAGAGAAAGGGCUGGAAUGAUGGCGAGGGUGGUGGUGGCGGUAAGAGAAGAAAGGGAUGAGCAUAUGUUUUGUAAUCUGUUCAAAAGCGAGUCCAUAUAUAAGCAUUUGUUAGGCGUCAAAGAAAGGUGUUUUCCUCCAAUUCGCAUGCUCGUGUACGUUUUAGGAUAGAGACCGCACCAAAACCGAAGCCCCC